UACUCCUCAUCCUCCGCCACGCCAACAGCGCCAAGCCCGCCGAAGGCUGCGGGCUUUGCGCAUAGUGUAGUCAGGACCAAACCCGAGCUGCUGGCAGCCCUCUGGGUGCUUUCGAGAAGGCUGGGGUGUGUUGGAGGAACUAUUGGGGGAGCUGGGCGAGGGUUGCGCUCACAUUGUACAGUAUCCGUUGUCAGGAAACUUCGGUCCUGGGGAAAUUUAGUCUAGGCUGAUACCCUGCCGUCCUGUUUGCUAGGGAGGUCGGCCUUCUUCAGCGAUUCCAUAAAGCUUCGCACGCUAAAGCCACAUAUCUUUUGCUUGACUCGCGCAAGGUGCGCAAGUUUAGUGCGUCAGGACAUCCAGCGUUUUUAUUGUCCGCAGUUCGUCAGUGAUAAUUCUGGGCAAUACGGCGAGGUCAAGGAGCGAGCAUUGCUUCGCGACCAUCCGUUUUGAAGUGGCUCCUCGAUCUUCCAUAAGUCGAUCUCUCAAGCGUUUUUUUUUUUCGUCGAGCUGUGUAUAUCGUCGUCGACGGAACGACAGUGCAGAAUAAUUCCAUAUAGCCGAGAGGUGACUUUUUGUCGAUCAGAAAGAGCAUUGUACGCCCUCGUUUCAGAUUAACUCGUUACUGAUGGAAUCCGCGCGCGACGACGUGCAAACUCCCAGCAAGCGCCACAAAGGCUACAACGGAUUUCCCACUCCCACAGACGGCCACGAGCAGCAUCCGCAACCGUUGCCUUCUCAAUCGCCCGUCCCCGCCUCCCAGCCUCAGUAUUCCUCGCAGCUGCCGUACAGCUCCCCUCAGCAAGCAUACGCCUCCCCCCAGCAAUACGCCUCCCCUCAGCAGCCGUACACGUCGUCUCAGCAACCCUACGGCACACCAGUCACUCCUUCCCAUGCCGUUACCCCGGCUGCCGGAAAUAACGGGAUCGGGAGUUCGCCUUUGACUACCGCCAUGGCUCCCCCCGGCGCUCCGUCAGUCGCGCUCGAGCUAACGCACGGCGGCGCGCAGCCCGUCUCCGCCGCCUCUACCCCCGUUCGCGCACACUUCGUCGACACGUCGCAAUCUACCCCUGCCCGCGCGCACCAGCCGCACUCCCCCUCCCCCGUCGCCGCUGUUGGUCAGGCAUCCGCGGUCACCAUUGUCCACGCUCCCUCCCCCUCAACCGCCAUCGUGCAAGCAUCUCCGCUCACUGUUGCGCCCACACCCUCCCCCUCUCCCGCUGCGAACACGCCCGGGGCCGUUGCAGCGUCGCCAGGUGUAGGUGCGUCGCCAGGAGGAGUGGCGGCGUCGCCAGGGGUCGGAGGGUCAAUGCACGACCCGCCUUGCGCGGCGUGCAAGUCCCUGCGGCGGAAGUGCACGCGCGAGUGCAUCUUCCUGCCGUACUUCCCCCGCGACGACCCUGAAAAGUUUGCUCGCGUGCACAAGGUGUUCGGCGCCAGCAACGUGUCAAAGAUGCUGCAGGAGCUGCCGCUGCACCAGAGGGAGGAUGCAGUGGCGAGUCUGGAGUAUGAGGCGCAGGCCCGGGUGCAGGAUCCAGUCUACGGCUGCGUUGGCAUCCUCUGCGUGCUCCAGAGGCAAGUGGUUGCUUUGAGGGAGCAAUUGGCAGCAGCCCAGUCACAGGCACAAUUGCAAUUAGGGAAUGCCGGUGCUGAUGGCCUAGUAGAGGGCCUGCAACCAUCACCCGCAGCUAAUUUGGGCACAGGAGGUGCAUCUUGAUCCAUGAUGGGCACCAUGUUGAAUAAUUCCUGUAGUUGCAUGGUUUGAUAAAUUACUGACAAAAGCUCUGGAAAUUUAGU